AUCCAAAAGUGCCAAUAGUGUGACUAACGGACGGUGCAGAUACCUGAGUCUUUCCAUCGAUCUCUCAAUCCCAGUCGUCUCCUCCUUCCUCUCUUCUCCAGCGUCCGAUCGCCCUUCUGCUCUCCCCAGCGCGAAGCAACCGAAAAAGGGAAGAUCACGAGUUUUAGAACUCCCCCUCAGCCUCGUUCGCGCGCUCUAUUGUUUUGCGAGGGUACCGCCUAUGGCGGCAGAGGUGCCAGCAAGCCCUUGCGGCGGAAGCCACGAGAGUGGCGACCAGAGCCCGAGAUCCAAUGUCCGUGAGCUGGAUAGGCUCCUUCCCAUCGCCUUCAUCAGCCGCAUCAUGAAGAAGGCGCUCCGUCCCAAAGGAAAGAUUGCCAAGGACGCGAAGGAGACCAUGCAGGAGUGCGUUUUCGAGUUCAUCAGUUUCAUCACCUGCGAGGCUAGAGAUAAGUGCCUGAGGGAAAAGAGGAAGAAAAUUACUGAGGACGAUGUACUGUGUGCAAUGACAACACUAGACCGGUUUGAAGACUACAUUAAACCGCAUAGGUUGUAUUCGCAGAAGUAUAAAGAGAUAGAGGGAGAUGGCAAGGGUUCUGCUAAGGGAGCAGAGAGCUCUGGUAAGAGAGAUGCAGGUGGUCUUCAAGGUGGAAACCUAUCUGGUUCAAGCAUGCAAGGGGAUAUGAAGAUGCUUCAGCAAGGCUCUUUUACUGAAGGCAUGAAUUAUAUGAAUACUCAGGUCGGCCAGAUGACGAAAGCUUCGAACUGUGCUUGAGAAACUCAUUCAGUUGGAACUAUUAGUUUUUCAUAUCGUUUGCUUAUUAUUUAUUAUGUAAUUUCUGGACGGCUUUAUAUAAACAUCUGCAAUACUUCCUAUCUGUGAAUAGAGCAGAAAUCUAAUCUGGGUACUAAUUAUCUGUCAUUGGAGAUUGACUUUGUUUAGGCCAUUGUCUCAGAACAAAUGGUCAAUAUUUUUAUUUCAUAAAUUUAUUUAACUACCUAACC